UGGUGUCGCCUGUGAUAACCUCCUUAAGUCUCCUGGGGUCCCGCACAAGUUGCUUGCUAAAGUGCACUGACGAACUGGUCGCGCGGGAACCGAAAGGAGCUUGAGUCGUCCGGGGAAGAAGGGCGGAGAUGCGUCCUAUUAACGUUAAUAACGUUAUCGCUCUCGUCACUCGCGCUCGGGAAGGCGGUGCUGCUCUCCUUCUUCAUCCCGGAGGUGGACUGUGACUGGAAGCCAACAUUACUACACCACGUCGGGCGCCAUUGUUGGGUUUGUUUUAAUUGUUAAACAAGUGAUGGGAUUCCUCCACCAGCGACCUUUCAAGGUUCUCUUGAUCGGCGAGGAUGCAUCCCCGUCAAAUACCAGGAUGACCGAAAAGCGGUGAUGGUUCCCAGAUUUUUGUACAACCGACAAACUUUUUGAACCUUGUUGACAAAGAAGUCAGCAACCACUCAGCAUCGCUCGAGAAGGAAGGAUGGAGACCAAAGGGAGGGAGGAGGAUCCAUCAAAACCCACGUCAAAGGCGGAGACAGAGGAAGACGAGAGCUCCGGUCAUACCUGCGGCGUGUGUGGUCGCAGCUUCCCCCUCCUCAGCUCUUUGUCCCAGCACAUGAGGAGACACACCCGGGAGAAACCGUACAAAUGUCCUUACUGCGACCACAGGACUGCCCAGAAAGGCAGCCUGAAGGCUCACAUUCGGAGCCACAAACUGGGUCUUUUCAGCCAGAACUCUGGGGACACUGAUACAGUACAAAGAGGGGGGGACACCGUGGAGCCCGACACCCCUGAGGAAGUCUCUGGCAGAGGUCACAACGCCAACGGGAAGGUGAAGAAGAAAGCCAGCAAGAAGAAAGAUUCUGCAGUUGAAGGUGAGGAUGAUGGCGGGUGGGACGGCGCGGGGACGUUCAUCUGUGCCGUCUGCAGCCAAGUCUUCCCUCAGGUGCCGCUGCUUAAGUCACACAUGAAGCGGCAUCGCGGCGCUCAGGACCAUGGGUGCCGGAUUUGCGGGCGCCGCUUCCGCCAGGCUUGGUUCCUCCAGAGCCACAUGCGCAUUCACCGGGUCAAAGCCCAGCUGCGGGGCGGCAAGGGUCAGGAACCUCCCACCACCGUCAACGGGGUCCCCCAGGAUCCUGAGUCGCUGACCAACGACGAGUGCCUCUAUGAGCUUUGUGCUGCAUGCGGAAACUUCUUCCUUGAUGGCAAAACCUUGAGGAUACAUGAAAAGCUACACAAGUUGAACCACAGAGUACCGCAGGACCCAGAGGCCUCUGAAAUGGGUGUCACGCAGAACCAGUUUUUGGAAGGCCUGAAGCUCACUCGUGUUGGACUGCAGAAGGAGGACAAAAGUGAGAAACAGCGGAUUCCAGAGCUGGAUCCCGUUUGCAGCUACCAAGCGUGGCAGUUGGCCACCAGGGGGCGACUGGCGGAAGCCACAGAGAAAUGUUUAGGCUGGGAAGAGCGCCUUGCUGAUGCGGAGGUGGCGUACGACACAGAGAAGGGCGAGUACGUCCCCAUCAAGCACAACAAGAAAAGGAAGCAAAUGGACCCCUUGGGGCCCGCCGUGAAGAAGAAGAAAGGCGACUUGGGUUUCAAUCGGGCGGAAAAAAGUCUGGCUCAGGUUAAGGCUGCCUUCUCCACCUCAGACAAAAAAAUGUGCCAGAAAGACCGGAUCCUGCUGAACGGACUUGGUCACGCGUUCUACCAGGCGCUGCAAAACAGAACGGUAAAGGAGGACGGAGUCUUCCCCAAACACACCAAUGACGGCAAGAAUAAGGAGCCUGAAGAUAACAAGCCUUUCUUCUGCGAGCACUGUGACUUCCACACCCCCGACGUCUCGCUACUCAGGUCUCACGUGCACACGCAGCAUCAGGAAGUUCCGGCGUCUUGCGGAAAACAGAGCUUGCGUUCGGACAACCAAAGUGUCUCCAAGGCCUCGCGGUACAUGGACUACCUCAGGAAACGGAGCGCCUUGCUUUGUCAGCCAUAUUGGAACCCCUACCCUGGGCCGCCUGGUGCGGGGUUGGCGGAGUUGAACAUUAAGACGGAGAAGGGCAAUGAGGAGGAGAUUGAAGUUCAAGGAAGAGAAUCAGACGGUGUUCUAAACUUGUCUUCAUUAGAUGGAGACAAAGGACAAGUGUCUUGCGUUAAAAAAGAAGGCCUGGCGAGACAUCAUUGCCCGUACUGCUCGCACGCCACCUGCUAUCCGGAGGUGCUGUGGAUCCACCAGCGGGUGUCACACAGGGUUGGCACCAGCAGCUCCGUGGCUCCCAAGUGGGCCCCGUGCGUGCACAGUCUUAGAAGUCCAAAGACGGGCAUUUCCCAAUGGAGGCGCACGGGACCCCCGCCGUUCCUCGAAGGGAAGGACUGCCCGACUUUGCCUGCUCCUAGGAGUAAGCGCACGCAACCACCAGGUGGCGCUCCAAAGAGCAGCAGCAGCAAGCAGACGGCCGCCAAAAGCCAAUCAGGUGCCAAGUCCAAGCCUCAGUCUAAGGACUCUAGAUCAAAAGCACCCGAGAGGAAGUCUGGUGAGCAGCAGCGGGCGGCGGAGGGGGCCGGUAAAGCCCCCAGCAGCCAGGCUAGCUCGUCCACCAAGGGCGCCUCUGGGAGAACCACGGUGGAAGGAGUCUUCCCGAAAGAAGGUCUCGGCCUUAUGUUGGCCCGAAGUCACGCCGGGGCGCCAUCAAAUUCAUCCACAGACAGACUCCACCCACAAAGGCGUUCAUGUGACUCCUCCCCAGCACCCAAAGAUGCUGACGUGUGGGCCGCCAUGAGCAUGUGGAGCCACAGAGCCUACUUCGAACCGCUGCUGUUUGCUCAGGGAAAGCGGGACACCCCAGCAAUGGACACGCCUGUGGACUUUGACGUCUUGAGCCUCCUGAAGAACUACAGCCCUCACGAGCUGGCAGCGCUCUACCAGCACUGGGGCUUCGUAGACCCCAGGCUUGAUCCACAAGCAAUGCUGCGGCUAAACGGGACUUAUGGAAAUGAAGUCCAUUCCUCCUCUGAAGCUUCCAAACAAGUGCGUGUCCGAUUUUUAUUAUUUAAAUUUAAUAAAAACUACAAGCGUUUCGAUUGAAAUUGCACAAUGACAGAAGUCAGGAUGAAUAAUAUCAGGCACUACGGCAUUCAUUGAAUAAUAAAUAUAAUAUUUCAGCAUAAAUGAUAGGAACAGUUUAUAUAUUAUUAUUUAAUGAAUACCACACAUUUUGGAUACAUUAUACACGACUUUGUGUUUUGCAUCAAAUAAAUGAACACAUUCAGGAUAAGAUAUCACACACUGGUAUUCGUAAAUAAUGAGCAAUUAAUUCAGAAUAAAGAAUAUCAGACACUCUGUUAUAUAAACCAUAUUAAACACUGUGCCAUUCAUUAGAUCAUAAGGCAUUCAGGAUAAAUGAUGUCAGGCAUUCUGGUAUUCAUGAAAUCAACGGAAAUAUUCAGAAUAAAAAUGUUAUCAGAUACUAACAUUCAAUUAAACAAUAAAUGAAUGUAUUUUGAAUCAAUUACAUCAGAUACUGUUAUUUAUUAAUACAUUUUGGAUAAAUGAUAUAGUUGUAUUAAUUAAAUAAACAAACAAAUUCAGGAUAAUAAUAUUAGACACGGUGGCAUUUAGUAAAUAAUGAAUUCAGGAUAAAUGAUAUCAGGCACUGUGGUUCUCAGCAUUCGGCUUUCUCUACAUUACUUGUAAAUACCGUAAGCCUGGACGGUUUCUCCAACCAGAUCAUAUUAUUAGUAUGUUCUUGCUCAAUCCUUUCUGUAAUUUUACUCAAUAUUUUGAUAUGCUAAAAGUUUGUAGGUAAAUCAAUAAGUUAAGAAUAAAGAAUAUCAGACACUUGGCUAUUUAUUAAAUACUGAAUGAAUUCAGAAUAUAUUAUAACAUACACUGUGGCAAUUAUUAAAUAAUCUUGCAUAAAUUCAGGAUAAAUGGUAUCAGACAUUACAUAAUUCAUAAAGGGAAUAAGCGGUAGAAAAUGGAUGGAUGGAUGGAUAAAUAAAUGUAAAAAAAAAUCAGGAUAGAUGAUAUCAGACACUGUAGCAUUAAUAAAAUAAUACAUGGAGGACUUCAGAAUAAAUCAUACCAGACACUGACUUUCAUUAAAUAAUACUGUAAAUUAAUGAAUUCCGGAUAAAUGAUAUCAGACUUUAUGGUUUUCAUUAAAUAUUAAUUGAAUACAUUCAGGACAAAUGAAAUCAGAUGCUGUGGUUCUCAGUGUUCUGUUUCCUCCAUAUUCCACGUAAAUCUCAUACACUUGUACCGUUUAUCACACAGGAUCAUACAAUUAGUACAUUAUUUGAGUUAUCAGCUCAAUCUGUUCCAUAAUUGUUUCCACAUUUUGAUAUGCUAAAAGUUUUGAGGCCUUAUUGUACCAAAAUAAUGGCCCUGUACUGUAUUUGUCAUAACGUGAAAGCUGAGCAUCUUGAAGUGCUUUUACCUCCUGUGUGUCAUCCUACAGGUAACCAGUCGCUCCACUUCCACCUCAGGGUCUCUCCACAAAGGAACGUGAAGACUCCUCUGCGUCCUCCCCACUGAUAAACUGACUGACGCACCGUGACUUCCUAAAAAAUGAAUAGUAAUUAAGGCACUUGAUUAUUAUGCACAACAUAUGCAAACAAAGUAUUUUGUGAAACAAAGUUGGAAUGGGAGUAAAAUGUGAAACUGGAAAUAAGACUACAAAGACAUUUGAUUGUAAGACAGUUCUGUCCUUGCAUUUCCUUUAAUAGGGACAUCAAUUCAUCGUUGUUAUACUUUAUCAGUAAACAUUUCAUUUAAAGCAUGCCAAAUGGACAAAACCACUGACAGCUUUAACUCUUGACAUUCCCAACUUACAGCAAAUGUUUUACUUUUUGCCAAACUGUAGAACAAGUCUCUCCUUUUCUGUGUGAAUAUCAGCACUGGUGUCAUUCAUGCCAGCAAUAUCCUCAUUUAUUAUCUUCCAGGUCCAAAGACUUAAACCAUCACAUCAUUGCUUACUUUUGUGUUUUCCCCCUUAAUUUUAAUUUCCAUUCCCUGAACUGUAUUUGUGUCCUAGAGAGAGAAAUAAUGUGUUUGCACCAAAAACAAACAAAAAAAGCCAUCAACUUGUGACUACUACUGAGAGUGACGGGUACUGACUUUGAAAUCAUUUGUACAUGAUAGUUUUAUUUAUGUUUUUUGUUCCGAGUGAAAUUGUAACACUCUUUAUGUACUUGAUUUAUUUGUAGUCGGAAAUGUUGAACGAAAGAUAAUAAAUUGUUCUGC